CAAUCCCAUAGGCAUUUUAUGAUCCGGGUCGGUCGGAAUUUCUGACUGAACUCUUAUAUCUGGAAUAAAUGGAACGUAAAUUUGCAGAGGAAAAAUGUGUAGUUUAAUUCAGGAAAAAAAAAUCUGGCGACCUUCCUUUUGCCGGUGUGAUAUACCUAUUGUGCUGCACUUGCUUGCUAUAGUGAGUUUCGUAGCAUAGCUAGAUUUGCGUUUUCUGGUACGGAUUUUUUUUACUAGACAAUUAUAUGUGCAACACAUGGAAUUUAUGCACAUCGUUUAGUUACAAAAUGUAUUUCACCGGGAAAAGUUAGACAAUAUUUCCAUAAACUUGCCAUUGCACAGCUUGUAGGCUAUGAUAAUAAUAGUUUAUUCCAUCGAUAGAGUCAACUAAAAGAGUUUAGCUAAGGCUAGUAAAAAUAAAUAGUGCAGAUAUGUCAUAUUGUCGACGGAUAUGCUGGUGCACAACAUUGGGCAGCAGUUUAUCGACCAAAAAAUGAGGAGGGUUUGUCACAAUAGUCUUCCUUCAACAGUUUAUAAGACAGUCGUUAUUGCCUAACCAGAGCGAAUUUAUCGCAGCAAUCCAGUGCGCACGGUCUCCCCGGCUGUUAUCCGGCAGAACACGCAGACAGAGCUGCAGUGCUAUUCUAAGAGAGUUAGCUGCCUCAACCCACGCACCAAAUCUGAGAAAGAGAGAGAAAGGGAGAACGAGGGAGAUGGGAGAAAGCAGAGAGCGAGAGGAAUGAAAGGAGAGAGGGAGAGACUACAGAAAGGAUCCACAAAUCUGUGAAGACAUUCCAGACCCUGAUCCCCUUUAUCCAAAUCUGAAGACGAUACAGGAAAUCAAGCAGAACUUUCAGGGAAUAGAAUAGUUCUUUCUCCAUUGUUUUUAUUCACAUGUAUUGAAACAAGUAGAGCCAUCAGUGAUUUCAGCAGCCCCCCUGCCUCCCCUAUCCAUGCCUACAUGCUCAGCAACAGAUAACUGUUUUGAUAAUUGUAUGUAAUUAUAAUUGUGUGGGAGACGGAGCUGUCUCUGUCUAUUAUCACCUGUAACCUCAGACACAAUAACUCCAUACAUUUACAUAUUUCUCUCCAAAAAUGUUUUUCUUUCAGUUUUAGGACCAAAUCAGGAAUAAUCAGAGUUAUUGAAGGAAUGGCACAUGUGAACUACAAUGUGCUACUCAGUCCUCAACCAUCAUAAUGAGACACAACUGAAUUCAAUCUGUAGAGUUACAUCUAAACCUCAAGCUCUUUUCCUUGUAUAUUCUAUACUAGACCAUACAUACUAAGUUUGUACAUCUAAAAACAGACGUACCCAUCCAGCCACUAGCUAAAAAGAAAACUGCUUUUUCAGCUGUCUAUUUGAUAUAAUACGAUUUGUCGUAACGUUUUAUACUUUCUCCUCAUUUGUGGUAUUCACUGUCCUCUGUCCUUAAUGUAGGGCGCUGGCUCUGUAGCCUUCAGCCCAAUCAGAGGAACAGUAAGUGCCUAUGCAUUUUAGAUAAGACCAUAAAACAUUUAAGUAAAUAAGUGGCCAAUGCAUUAUGUAGUUAGUGACCUGUGAUGUUUAUAUGCCUGGAAGCGCAAUGUCCUGCUUUACAGUCACACAGUAUGUUUACACUCAGCCACAGCCAUUCAGUGCCCUGACCCGUCAAGAACCACAACCUCUCCAACUGCCAUUCAAAUGGUCUGCAACAUCUAAAAGCACAGGAACACAAAUGAUUUAGAUGUAUUUAGCAUGAGAUUUAUUUAGUACACAUCUUUUAUUUAGCAUAAUAUUGAAACAUUUAGACAUUUAUAUGUAGAGAUUUUUCUACUUUUUCAGAGAAUAUUAGUUUACAGGUUGAGUCUAAGUGCAAACUGGGAAUGUAUCCAGCGCCAAAACGACAUGAUUGAAUCAUUAACUGUUUACAUUUUAGGAACAAUGUUUACAGAGGACUGUUGCCCUUAAAACACAGGCCUAUGUGUCAUUUUGUGACAUAUUAUUUUACAAGUGCCAUAACCGAAAGGAAAUGUAUAAAAUUGCCAUAACUCAUUGAGGAAGCUUACUUCUUGUCUUCAGCUAAACAAAGCACAACGUGUUCAGGAAUACGUCAUGGUGAAGGUAAAAACCCUCUGAUUGACCUUUCAUCCAAGGAGAUUGCAUCUAUUUUUGUAUUUUUUCAUGUGAAUGUUAUAACCUCAAACUAACUUCACAUGAUUCAUAGCAAGGUUUUGUAUGGUAGAUAGAUUCUAGAACUAGGAGAAGGAAUAGACGAUCUGGGUUUGAUCAAGAUCAUCAUUUUCAAUUUACCCUUGUUUACUCUGUGAGGCUUAUACAGGUCUGAUUUUACUGUAAUGGGAUGCAGAAUAUUAUCACAGAAGAUGUUGAAGAUAAGAGUAACAGAAUGAAAGCCAUGUAAAUACCUCUGUCACCAAUGGUUGACACUUACAACUGGUUGACACUCAUGACUUCCAUCUCUUAAAGCAUAUCUAGAAUUAAUUCACAAAGUUCAUCAGACAUAUUCAUUAUUAAAUUGAGAUAUUUUGAAACUAUGAGUACCAGACAACUCAUACCUGCUACCUAAAUGUUUCAAAUAGUGUUUUAGUGGUUUAAUUCUGAAAAAAGGACAGCAUUGUAACAGCGUUGAGUCGACAACAGAAAAUAGAGCUCUUAGUCAUGUAAAGAUGACGCCCACCACCAAUCUCCAAGUCUUCGCCGUCUCCCUCCUCUCUCUCCUUGCUGCCCCACUUACCACAGCUGAGGACAGCUCCCCCUCUCCCACUCCCUCUCCCCUACGUACCGACCCCCGGCCUCGCCAGGGGGGCUCCACCGACCCCCCUCAGUCCGCCCCCAGCCCCCCUCUCCUCCUCCUGGCCAUCCAUGCCAACCUCCGCCCCGCUGCCCUCCGGGGCAGGCCCAAAGCUCCAGAGAAACUUCCAGAAUCCCCUGGGGUUCUGGAGACCCCUCCCCAACCCCUGGCCCAGAUCAUGUUCCCCAAGAACGUGACGUCUGCGGCAGCGGGAGCCCUGGCUCCUCCGUUGGGCACAGCCCAGGUGGCUCCUCCUCCCCGCACACUGGUGGACGUGGAUGUGUGCCAUGGUUACUAUGACGUCAUGGGCCAGUUGGACAACACCUUCAACUGCUCCAAGGACAGCUUCAUCUACUGCUGUGGCAGCUGCCACUACCGCUUCUGCUGCCCCGACCCCACCCGUCGUUUGGAGCAGAGCAGCUGUACCAACUACGACUCCCCGGAUUGGGCCAAGACCCCGCCACCAAACGCCAUACUCCUGGAUGAUGAUGAGCCGGAACUGGACCCUCUGCAGCCUCUGAGCCACAACACAGGCUUUGUGAUUGGAGGUGUCAUUGUGUUUAUGGUAGCGGUUGCCGUGGGGAUUAAGAUAAUGUUCAACAAGGUGUCGCAGCAGGCCAACAACGGAGAGAUCAACAUGCCAAGAGCGCUGGUGGACAUGUUGCGUCACCAGUCCAGUCCAGUGCAGCAGGAUGAGAGGAACAACAGCGUGGCUCUGUGUGGUUCAGGGGAGGGACAGGGUACGCUGGGCAGACCUCCCAAAAACCUCUAUGCUCCUGGCCUGCCCAGCAAGGACAACAGACUGGGGAAUAUUCAACACAAUUUUAUCCAUUCAGGAACCAGUCCCAAUCACACUGCUACCAUCGAACACGCCCCCCGUAUGAACAACACCCAGCUGGCGGCAGGAGGCACUCUUCUGUCCAGCAAACACAACAAUACUAAAGAGCAGCCCUCCUUCCACCACUCCCUCCACAACCUGGCACAGCUUCCCCCAUCCUACGAGAACGCCACCAAGCCAGAGCUCAACAGAUACUCCUCGCUCAAACGCCUGGAAAAGAGUGGUCUUGAUGAAUAUUCAUCGGGCUACUGCACCACCAAGAGGCGUCCCCACACGGCCCAGCCCGCUCUCCAGUCCUCCAGUCACCACAUCCCCUGUGGCGGAGACUACAACACCAUGGGUGGGAGGGGCACCCUCCCUCGCCACGCCCCCCGCCCCUGGAUUCAACCCACCGGCCUACCCCCCGUCUCCCCCACGGUCAACCCCUACCCCCUGGACCCAACCGAGCAGCACUACAACCUCAACUACGACACCCUGUCCAAGCCUGCCAGGAAAGUCAUGUCGCAGGACCAGCUGCUCAACAUGGGGGACGUCCCCGGGAACACUGGGACCCUCUCCAGAAUGUCCAAGAACCAACAGCACCAGUACUACAAAGCCAUGGCUGCUGCUACUAAGAACUCCAACACCCAGACCCUGACAAGGAAGCCCCAGGAUCGACCCCAGGAGCGGCCUCAGUCCAACACCCAGACCCUGACAAGGAAGCCCCAGGAUCGACCCCAGGAGCGGCCUCAGUCCAACAACCAGACCCUGACAAGGAAGCCCCAGGAUCGACCCCAGGAGCGGCCUCAGUCCAACAACCAGACCCUGACGAGGAAGCCCAAGGAUCGACCCCAGGAGCGGCCUCAGUCCAACAACCAGACCCUGACGAGGAAGCCCAAGGAUUGGCCCCAGGAGCGUCUCCAGGAUCGCCUACUCAUGUCCCCAGAUCACCUGGAGGAGAGCAUGGGUAGGGGUGUCGGAGGGAUGGGAGUGGGUGUGCAGGAUCCAUAUGCCCAUGGAGGCGGGGGAGGCAUGGUCCCCACUCUCCCCCGGGGUGGUCUCACCCCUCAGCAGAAAGCCCAGUCCCAGCAGAAUGUAUGUGCCACUCCCUCCCUGGACCGCCACCACAUGAUCAAGAUGAACUCUCACCCCACCUCGGGGAGGGAGCAGGAGAGAAGCCAGGGCAUGACGGGGCAUAUGAGUGGAGGCAUGGGGGGAGGCAUGGGGGGCUGGGGUGGUAGCGAGAUGCCCGGGACGGGGGUUGUCAUGGGAACAGGGACGCUAGGGGGCCACAGCGCCAAGAGGAUGGCUUUCGCUGCCAAGAGGCAGAACACUAUCGAGCAGUUACACUUUAUACCAGGAGGGGGCGACGGAGGAGCGGGAGGAGGAAGUAGAGGAGGAGGAAGUGGAGGAGGAGGGGGAGGCAGUCAGGGCAUCAGGACAGGCAGUAAGAAUGAGGUGACAGUGUGAGGGGCACCAGGUAGAAAUUGCCAUCAACUGCAGAUCUAGGAUCAGAUUAUCUCACCCCUAAACCCACCCUUAACCAUUAGGGGGAUGAACAAAUAUCUGACUCUGUAUCAGUGGUUAGGGCAAAUUCUACCUACUGUGUGUGUGGUCUUCAUGAAGAGAGUAGACAUAUGAGAAUAGGAAGGGUAGAGAAGGAAAUAUAUCAAUCUGUACAUAUAGAGAGAUGAAGGACUUGCUUAGAGGUCAAAAUGGUAGAGGAACGGAAUUAUCCUGCCAUUUUUAUAUAUGUGAUACAUCAGCCAUAUUUCAUAUCUAAUGUGCCAUAUUGCCAUACACUGAUUCCAUGAAUAACUGAAAAAAAAACGUGGGAGAAAUUAGAUAGCUAGGACUUAGUUAAGAAACUUGUUUGUUCAUGCAUAACCUUGUGUUUUAUAUCAAAUGUUUAACAGAAUAAAGAAACUUUUGAGCCAUAUUAGAAAGGAGGGACCAAGAUAAUACAUCUAAGUAUGAGAGAGAGAAGAGUGGUGUACGGCCAGACUGUGUACUUCAGUGUUACAUAGAAAAACAGGUUACACUUGUAUCAAAGGAUGCUAUUUUCCUCAUGGAGCAUUGAACUGAUGAUCUUCGUGACCUAUGAUGUGGAAUGUCGGAUGAUGUAGGGUAUUGAAUCCAGGGAGUGGUAUACGAGUGAGCCCGCCUCAUUGUGACGCAGGAAAACAGAGCUGUCGAUAGUUGCUUCUUGUGUGAAUGAGUGAGUGACAUUGAGAAAAUUGCUUCCAUACAUUCUUUAGUUGCCCCCAGUAACUGAUCUGAGGUCAGUUUUGCAUCCCACCACCGCCUAAUAGUUAUGCUCAGCAUUUGGGGAGGUUGAGCUGAUCCUAAAUCUGUGCCUAAGUGCAACUUCUACCUGGAGCUCCCCUGUGACCCACCUGUCUUCAUCAGGACAACCAAAUCUGAUUGAGCCAUGAGUCACUAUGUUUGACGAGGAACUUCUGAGUUGAUCAGCCUACCAAUAGGACGAUUAGCUACUGCAACUACAGGGUAUUUUCUUUCAUAGAGCACAAAAAGUACACUAUGAUGCAGGUGUUGCACAUCAUAAUACGACUGACCUUCAAAGCCAUGCAUUGGGAUACAAAUAAAAUGCCACAGAGAAAGCACGUCUGACAAUCACCAUUUUAUUAAUCUCACCAGAGGAGAACUGACACAAGCCAACAUUUCUACAGGACAAUACAAAUGAUUGGCUUCAGAGCAAGCCAAAGUGUAUGUGUCUAGGGAAUUGACUGUAACAAGGCAGUGGACUAUAAUGCAUACUGUAGGAUGACUCCAAUGAUGAAGCAGUCAGAUAUGAGGGUGAGACUCAGAAGAGACUUGGUUGGCUAGGAUGCCCUUCAUCAGAAGAGGACCUUGCUUGUUCGUAGUAACACACUCCAACCGUUCUCUAUUAGGUAGAAAUGUCAUAAUAUCAAUAAUAAUGCUUAAUAUUAAGGGCUAUCCUAUCCUACAUGUGUGGCUUUGGACCAUAUAAUACAGCAUAUUAAUGCUUUCACUUAAUUUGUGGUGUUGAUAUUGUCACUGACGUGUGAGUACUAAUGUCCUGUAGAUAGAUGCCUGGAGUCAAACUUGUAAAAAAAUAACAUGAGCAGUUUUUUUCCAGCCCAGCUCAAAGAGGGAAACACUAAGACAGAAACGUUUUUGCACAAUCCCCUGAUAUUUGCACCAGAUAAAGACAGACAUAUUUUGUAUCACGUCUUAGUGGUUUACAUUCAGCAAAAAAGGACACUCAGUCAUUGGUGAUGCGCGGGGCUGUUUGAUAAACUUAAGGGACUUAAGAAAAUGAACAGACUUGUAUUCGACUAAGAGAGAAGUAUACCUGUAUAUAUAUAUCAUCUACAGUAUACAAAAUGUCUCAUAUUGCUUACAAAUGGACAGAAGAAAAAAAUCUGACAUAAUUCAGGAGAUAAAAUGACUGACAUGUUGAUACAGAUUUUCUUUUGACAAUCUUCCUAAACACAAUGGUAACUUACCCAGUGAGCAAAAUGGCAUCUUUUAGAUGUCCAUGGACGUCGGCAUCAGACGGUGUUCACUGGGUAGUCCAUGUCAGUUAUUGUCAUGAUUACAACAAGUGUUAUUAUUAAUGAUUAUUAUAAUUGUUGUUAUAAUUAAUGGUUAUCUUAUAGUAAUGAUGUUGGUGUUAUUUUUCUUAGUGAGAUUUUAAGUGUUUACAUGUUUUUAGAUACCUAUCUUUCUCAUGACAUUUAGUUUGUUUUUGUUACAUCUGAACACAAAAUGGGGAUUCAAACUAACACUGUCUAAUCUUGAUGCAUGUCAACUCCAUGUCUUGGUAAUGCAUUGACCAUAUGCCUGAAUACAGGGCUUUAUUACAGUAUGUUUUGAGACAAUGGCCCAAUUACAAACCUCUCCCUAGUCCCUUUCCCUAGAUGGAGCCUUCUAUCUAGACUAUUUGAAAAUAUUGCAUAGGUAUUAGUAAAAGUUGUGUUGGUUCCACGUGUUGGGGUGGAAUCAUUACACUCACCGUUCACAAGGUCAUACAAUAUUGAUAGGGACUAGGGAGGGAAAAGUUCUGGGUCUGGGACCAAAUUGAAACACUUGCUAAUACCACAGCCUAACCCAAUAAAACCCAAAGGGUUAACACAUGAUGUCACAAUGUAUGUGUUUACAUUAAUGUCUUAAACACAGGUAGGUAAAAAGGGUAUAACAGUAACUACCUGAAUGUUCAGUAACAGUGUCUUUUUUCAGGGAAUUAGGACAGCUAACCUAGUUUUAGAUUUGUAUUUAAGUCACAGAAAGUCUGUAGCAAUGUCUGUACUAUCGCCAUAAGCCAUAACCAUUGAAACAGUCAUUACAUACAUUUCUGCCAUUAUUUUGUACAUGGUAAACCUUUUUUUGUGUAAGUAUAUUGUAUUUUGUAUAGCUAGUACAAUCAGAAUAUUCUAAUGGGUUGUGGCUCUCUUCUAUAACACAUUAAUUUGAGGCUUCAACAAAUUAUAUGUGAGUAUUUAGUGGAAUGUACAGUGACCACCCAAAUGCUUAACAUUUAACAUAUUUCUAUAUAGCCUAUUAUGUGGCAACAGGGAUAUUUUUGAUGAGUAAUGACAGAUAACACAUGUAAUAGAUGGUGAAUGAAAUAUGACACAAAGAGAUUAAUGAAUAGGUGUAUGUUUCGACACCAUCAUUAAUUCAUUUAAACAUAUGUAGAACGACGAAGGAUAAAUCUAAAUCUAGAUUUGUAUGACAUUAUAUAGAUUUGUAUGGGAUGAUAAUUUACAAGUGAACUUCAUGACUAUUAUUCAUUUUAAUAUAUAAAGGCCUACUUUUAAUUUCUCCAAUGCAUUUUGAUCCCCUUGGAUACAGCAGUGAUCAAACACUACAUUUGUAAAAUAAAGUUGGUGGAAAAGGUU